UAGACACACACAUAUCUGUAAUCCGGUUCUAGAAAAUACUGAUGCAUCUGGUCUUUAGAUUCUUGUUACCACCAACGUCCCCCAUCAAAAGGGCACGAUGUCUGUGAAAGCAAUCGCAAAUUGCGUACUUCCCUAUCUCCGACGGCCUCAGCACUGAGCUGGGACAAGGCUCAAAGUGUGUAGGUUGUGUACAGUUGCGGUAUUGGUUUACCGCGAACUUCGGUGUUCCAGAGUUGAUGAACUGGACUUGAUACAAAACUGACCACUGCUGGUGUUUUCCCCCACUUCCAAUGUAAACUGGAUCAAAUUCUGGGAUCUUGUUUUCAAAGUGAGUCCUCUGACAGACAAAAAAAUGACGGGAACCCAUGGGACGAUAUUUCCACUACUAGGAAUUUGGCUGGUGGUAAUAUGCUGCAUCUACAUCCCCUGUGUAAGAGCUGAUAAUGAUGGCCCUGCCAGUCAGCGUCGCCUGUCGUGCAAGCAAAGUCUCCGUCGAUGUCAGCGGAACUCGCACGGUGCGAUCACCGGUGAAGUCUGCGGUUCUGACGGCCGCACGUACCCGAGCCACUGCUCGCUGCUGUUCGCGGCGUGCAGACGGCACAACAGUCCGCAGGGACGCGGUAGAUCUCCCUGGCCGAGCCUGGUCCACGCCGGAGCGUGUCAGGAUGACGCAUACUACAACGUCCGGAAUAACACAGGCCCGAGCGAAGCAGGAGGCAGUAACGAUGGACUAUUGCCUUUUGGUGAGGAGGAGGAGGAAGAGGAGGAGGAGUGGGAGGACCAGGAGGGGGAGAGGGAGAGGGAGAGCGAAGACAAGUCGAGUGAGAAGUCCAGCGAGGAAGACGAAUCCCGGGAAGAAGAUGAGGACAAUGAUGGUAACCCGUUCAACCCGGCCACUAGACCACCAACUGUUUCGUCAGCCAUGACGUCAAAGCCCCCGGCAACAACUGUUUCCUCCGCAACGGGAUUUUCCGCGGCCUCAGUUCCGAACCAACCCAUGCCUACCCAGACGGACCGCACCACAGGUCGGACUGACCCCACCCAGACGGGUGCCACGACGGUACCCCCGACGUGCGCCCCGUCCUGCCCGCUGGACAGCAACCCGGUGUGUGGAACGGACGGCGAGACGUACAACAGCCGAUGUCUGCUGGAGGCGCACGCUUGCCAGACCGGAGACCAGUCUCUCAUUGUGCUGUACGACGGACCUUGUAUCCCACCCGGCGUUGUCGUUCCCCUCCCGAGGCGAGACCCGACCACGCUGGCCUCCCGCCGCGAGCCCCGGCCCACCCCGGCCGACCGUCCCGUCCGGGAGCGUCUCUCGUACUGCCCCACCGAGGCCGAGUGCUCGAUGCUCUACCUGCCGGUCUGCGGCUCGGACGGCACGACCUACUCAUCCUGGUGUCACCUCCGUCUCGUGGCCUGCAGAACCCCCGGUGAAACGUUGACCGUCAGUCACAUGGGAGAAUGUCUAGAGAGCACCAACACUGGUUGUGGAGAGCCCUGCCCUGAUGUUUUCGAGCCUGUUUGCGGUAGCGACAACAUGACGUAUCACAGCCUGUGCAGCCUGCGUCGGAUAACGUGCUUGCGAGGGGAGGAUUUGCCCACAGCACACGGUGGAGAGUGCAUCCUCCCAGCCUUGGUGUGUCCACUGGUCUGUCCUGGGACCAAUGACCCGGUGUGCGGCACGGACGGGAACUCCUACCCAUCUCUGUGUGUCAUCAGACUGGUUGCCUGUCGCUCUGCCGACGAACGGGAGAAGGAACUGCGGAUGGCGUACCGCGGACUGUGCAUGAACGAGCCGUGCCAGAAUAGUUGUCCAGAGCGUGAAUAUGCCCCUCUCUGCGGAUCCAACGGGCGCACCUACCAGAACGAAUGCUUCCUGUGGCUUGAGAUGUGCCGUCAUCCGGACCUGGUCAGAUUCGACAAGGACUGCAAUUUGGCUAUUCCAUAAAACAAAAACUGACUUAAACUGUAAAUCGUCAAAGUCACAUUAACUUGAGGUGGAUCACGUGACCGACGAAGGUGGCAAUGUUGUAAAGAAAAUCAAAUACUGUAAAUACACGUUUUACAACGACUGUUUUACUUUUAAAAUAAAUCAUAGUCCACUUUUUAACAUUUACAUAAUUCUGAUUGUAAAAAAAAGAAAGGUCAUCGCAAUCAACUUUUGAUAUGUUAGCAUACUUUGGUUUAUGAAAAUUGAAUUAUAAUAAUUAUUCUUAUCGUUAUGUAUGCAAAUGCGCCCUCAACCGGCGGUCGAAUGCAAACUUUUGUUCUAGAGCCUAUUUCACAAAAUAGGCUGUGCAGCAAAAAACUACUGGACCGAAUCGGAAAACUUUGGUAUCAUAAUUCUUCAACUUCUUCAAAAGGAUUCUCCAUCAAUUGGUACAAGCGGUUUGAGUCUCAAGGAAGUGGAAGUAUGCCGUUCCUUUUUUUUUUCUUUCUUUUUUUGACCACCCUGUAUAGAGUAACGAAGUGUGACGCCAUUUAGAACCAGAAAGUGUAGCGCAAACGAAUGGAGUACGCGUGCGUGUUUGUUCACGGGCUGAAUAGGGUGCUAAUGUCUUUAACACACAUUUUGUGCGCCUGAUGUAUUCGCUUCGGCACUCUAUAACCAUGGUGUAACAUUUCCUUGAGAAAAUUUGCCAAGCACGUUUUUUUUUCACUGAGUAACUCCACUGAGUUUCCCUGCCAGAAUACGACAGCACGCCGAUAAACCUUGUGCAGGAUUCCCCUGUUCUGUAUAUCCAGAAGAUGCAGACGUUGCACAACACUUCCUUCCUCAAGGGGCCCGUAAAAAACAACAUGCAGAUUUGUAGACGCAAAGGCGCGAAGAUACAGGCGGUUGUUCAGAAGAAAAAAAAAGGACAUGAGGUACCGUGGAAUGUCAGACUAUGGAGCUAUGUGUUCGCGCAGUCAGUGAUCUUUAUUACCGUUCGGCUGUAGACAAUGCAACAGCUGUUUGAGCUGAUAUCCAGGGUCCUGAAAUAAAGGGGGGGGGGGACAUCGCGCUUAGCCAGGAGCGUGCCAGGAGGAACCUUAACCCCUGGCAAUUAUAUACAUUUGCUUGAACUCAAAUGAUUCAUUAUGAAAGGUGAACCAUGGAUGAUAUCCGCAUAUUUGUGGGUGUUCUACUAAUAUCUUCCUGCAGAUUUUCUUCAAAAUGUAAAGCAUCGGGCUAGAAUUUUCAGAUGGAUAUUACUGCAUGGUUGUCUAUGCUGUUAUUAAAAAGUCGUUCCUCCAAAUACUCUUUUCUAAGUCUAAUUGACAGUUAACAUUUUAUUUUCUUUAACAUUUCCUGUCGUUGAUUUCUGUCGCAGAGUGAAUGUACACGUAAAACUAUCGUAAGCCACCAUGUCAACAUUUAAAUGGUAUUGUUUUCCUUAUUGGAGCUCUGGUGCUAAUUGUUUGUCUUUUAUUUUUUGUUUGUAACAUUGCAAUUGUAUGAAAAUAAAUGUGUAUUAUUUUGCAUUUAAUGUUAAGACAUAAUAUACCUGUGGCUUGGAUAAUAAAU